AUGGCACAAGACACCACCCUCACCGUCUACAACCCCACCACCGCAAUCAUAGCCCUCUCCAAAUCCCUCCGCGCCGGCGCAAUUUUCCAAGUCACCAAUCUUGCUCAAGCCAAAAUCGCCGAAGAAGCCGGUGCAUGCGCAGUCACUGUUCUUGACCAAAUCCCCGCCGGAAGACUCAUCGUUUCAAGAAUGUCCGAUCCUUCCCUCAUCAAAUCCAUCAAACAGUCCCUCUCAAUCCCCGUCAUCGCUGCCGCAAGAAUUGGCCACUUCGUCGAAGCGCAAAUCCUCCAAGCCAUCGAUGUCGAUUACAUCGACGAAACCGAAAUUCUCACUCCCGCCGACGAUCAGAAUCACAUCAACAAGCGCAAUUUCGAAAUCCCGUUCAUAAGCGGCGCUCGCAGCCUCGGAGAAGCACUUCACAGAAUCAAAGAAGGCGCAGUCAUGAUAAGACUCCAAGGAGAGUUAACAAACUCAGGUAACAUUUCUGAAACCGUCAAGAGCAUAAGGUGUUUGAAGAAAGAACUGAGAAUCCUCAGUAACAUGGAUGAUGAUGAAGUUUUCACUUUCGCCAAAAAAAUUGAUGCGCCUUAUGAUCUUCUAGCGGAAACCAAGCGAGUGAACAGGCUUCCCGUUUUGUAUUUUGCUGCCGGCGGGAUUGUAACUCCUGCCGACGCGGCGCUGAUGAUGCAACUGGGCUGUAAUGGUGUGUUUGUGGGGUCUGAGAUUUUUGAUUAUGAAGAUGCUGUUAAUCGUGUUAAGGGCAUAGUUCAAGCUGUUAGGAAUUACAAUGAUCCUCAUGUUUUGGCUGAAAUUAUGAUGGGUCUUAAUCUUGGUGGUGAUGGUGAUAAUAGGAUUGAAGAUGGGUCAUCUGAUGAUGAUGAUGAUAAUGAUGAUGAUGAUGAUGAUGAAAGUGUCUAG